AUGGAACUUGGCGACUCCAAGGGGAAAAUACCUAUUCGCAUUAUUACACUAAAUGUCAGAUACGCCGUCAAAAAGACCCUGGUCCCGAAUGAACAGCCAUGGGAAAUUCGCCUCCCAAAGUUGGUCGCCCAACUGAGGGUGCAUACCGCGGGCCAAAUGAAUGCAUUUGUUUGCAUCCAAGAGGCUCAGUAUCAGCAACUUCGCGACAUUCAAGACAACCUUGGACCACGAUGGGCACACAUCGGCCGCGGACGCGCUGAUGGGCAGUUAGAUGGAGAGUUCUCACCCAUCUUUUAUAGAACUGACCAUUGGACCCUUGAGGAAAACCAAACGUACUGGCUAAGCCCUACGCCAGACAUUCCCUCAAAUGGCUGGGGUGCCCAGAUCAACCGUAUUGUCACCAUUGGGCUGUUCCGACACAAGGCAUCAUCCACCAAAGUGGUCGUCAUGAGCACGCAUCUCGAUCAUCGCAGUCACGAAGCACGUUCUGAGAGUGCAAAAUUGCUUCUUAAAUUGGCCCAGAAAUGGCAGGCAGACUCCUCACAGAACACUGGGGAUAUCGUUCAUGUGUUUCUUGGCGGAGAUUUCAACAGCGGUCCUGGCGAUGAGCCCCACAGGCUGUUGACUAGCGAGCCUGGCGGUAUGGUCGACAUCAAAAACCUCGUUCCCGAGUCUCACCAUUGCGGGAAUAAGAUAACCUACACGACGUUUGGGGAGGCGGAGCCAACGAUAAUUGACCACCUCUUCGUUUUGAACCCCACUGCAAUUGACUUUGUCAACUUUGCGGUGCUUUCAAAUAGGUUCGAUGAUGGCAUAUACUAUUCAGACCACCGGCCUGUUCUAGCAGAUAUAGAGAUUCCUGUUGUUUAG